GACAUUUGGUUUGGCAGCAGUAUGGUCUAUGUAGCUACAGCACAGCAGCAGCAGCUGCCGCAGUUAGUUCUUCUGAUUCCCACUAGGACCGCAGCUUGCGGGUGUUCAAAGUGCGUCUGGGGGAACAGCCAGCAUCAUAGGGUGGCGUUUGAGUGGAAUUAGUGUUAACCAAGUAGACCCUUCUGCAUCUCACAAUAAUGCUACCCGCAGUACUCGGCACUCACGGGCACGACCCUCUAACCGUUCUAUUUCACCGCGUUCGUUGCUCCCUUCCCUUUGCUUUCCCUGGCAAAGCUCCACAGAAAAUCUGGCCGUAAGCAUGUCUCACUCGCUUCCAGCCUUGGCCUUUGUUCUCGUUUUGCAGUCCCUUGAGGUUGCGGGCGGCGCUGUAUACCUGCGAGAACCAGCAUUUAUGUCCCCUCGCGACAAUGGGGAUCAUGGUGAUGACGGGGAUCAUGGUGAUAAUGGUGAUAACAAUGGUUCACCCACUACAUCGUACACCACUACUAGCACGACUUCCACCAGUACGACCUCCAGCAGUAUAACCUCCACCUCCACCUUUACAUCUACAUCUACAUCUCAGUCUAGCUCGAGCUCGAGCUCCACAACUACUACAUCGGGCACGCUAACCAGCUUUAGCUCGAGUUACACCAGUUCCUCCAGCUCAUCCCAGAACGGGUCUUCAACUACCAGUCAAGGGCUUAGCACUGGAGCACGAGCUGGUCUAGCAUUUGGGAUAAGUGAGCUGACAUUGUCAGAACCUUACCCGAAAAUUAUUGACUCUGUGAUUUCAGUGUUUCUCUUGAUAUUCUGCGCAAUACUAGUGUGUUACUUAAGGAAGCGAUCUCGUAGGGCUCGGGAGAGCGUCGGUUAUGGACCUGCCCUUCUGCCCUCAGAAGUGAGUCAAUACCGUCCCCCCGACUCUGUUAGAUCGAGGGAGAGAGACCUUCCACCUCCACCCCAACUGGAUGCUGCAUAUCCCAAUUCACCUGAUAGUUCGCAUUCUCCAUCCCUCUUAGCUAUCUCAAGCGCCGCUCCCUUAUUGAGCGACGAUUCGCAUCUAAGUUCACACCCCACAUCUACUUGGAAUCGUCACAGCACAUUGUCGCAGGCAUCAGAUCCUCUGCGAAUAGCCAAUCAAAAUGUGCCUAUUCUCCCAAACCCCUACGACCCAUUCUCGGCACCCGCCCGGUCUGCGUCAUACACAUCCACGGCUUCUUCUCCAACACAUUCGAUACCCCAUGGUGCUUUGAUUCCUGCGAGUGCUGCGAUGGUGGGCACUUUUGCUACACCUCCGGCUGGUAGCUCGAGCAACAUCCAGCCCGAGCGCCGGCUUUCUGCGCUUCACACAGAUAUGACUCGACAUCAGAAGCAACUUGAACUCGACCACAGGAAACGAAGUCUUGAUGCUCAAGAAGCACAGGACCCUCCGCCGCAAUAUUCUUCCUAACUGUGCACGUGAAUGGCGGACUAUAAUGGGAUAUUUGAACACUUUCGCACUAUUUUUUCAACUGCUCUCAUAGAUAUCUAUGGCCCGAACUCUGAACAGUAGCAGAUUAUAAAGCUCGAGGUCUCAUUCCUAUAGGUACUUGUCGCUUGCUGGUCGUUGUUGUCAGAAGGUAACGAGACUCGGACUAGGGAAACUAAGGACAGACUCAGUCUUGGGUUGAAAGACUCAGCAUAAAUCAUACCUAAGGACAGACUUGGUAGGGAUAGUAGUUAGUUAGAGUAGAGUAGAGAU